GCGGGGCGAAGUAGUCGUCGCGGCGCAUUCCCCGCGUUCGCAAGACGUCGCGUUUGUCUGUUUUUUUCUCGUGUGCGCGCGUGCCAGUAAGUAGUGUGUUGUGUGUACAUCGCUGCACAUCAUGGCGUGGCAGCGGCCGCCGGUUGUUGUUGUUGUGCUGCUGCUGCUAUUACUGACAAACGCCACGACAGGACUAGAUCUAAGGACAGCCCAGCUGGUGGGUCCGGGUCUGCUGCAGCUCGCCGGUAACGAGGGCCUGAGCACGAGAUUGACGCAACUCGGCUGGACGAGCGAUGCCGACAGCCCGUGCAAGCAAGUCGAGCUACAGUGGAUUGAUGGGAGCAACGAUGGAAGCAAAGGUCUGGUGCGAGCUGCAAAAGAUGUUGCUGUGGAAGGUGCUAUUCUGUGUGUGGACGGAGAGCCCAGCAGUGUGAGGAUUCAGGGGAACCAGAAAAAUCGUCAGAGCCGAGCUAUCCUGGAGCCGUCGGUGGAAACGGAGCUGCGCAUCGAGGGUGUUCUCGUAGAGUUGGCUGCUAAAUUUCACCUCGACGAAGAGGACGAUACUCUGAGGGUCCUCGCGGGGAGAGAGGCUACCAUCAGGUUGUUCGGCGUUGGGAUCACCAACAACACCGUCAUCGCCUUCACGUCAGACGAGGGGAAACGCGGCGAUGUCUGCGACAAGAUUAAGUCCAAAGAGUUUACGGUGCGCGACGUAAUCGCGGGCACGACGGCCGUGUCCGACAUCGUUCUUCCCGACGGCGACCCUUACUACAUCUGCGCCAAACAGCAUAUCGAAGAUGGCUCCUCACAGUAUGAACUCUUCAGGCACCAAGGCUCCGAGAGAUACAAAGUUAUACACACGUUUACUAGUAGGCCGAUGUGGCUGAGCAUCCUCAUAAUCCUCACGUGCCUGACGUUCUCAGCCCUGUUUUCAGGCCUGAAUCUUGGCCUCAUGUCGCUCGACCGGACUGAACUGAAAAUCCUUUGCAACACCGGUACAGAGAAAGAGAAACGCUACGCGAGAACGAUCCAACCAGUGCGAAAUCACGGCAACUAUCUGCUCUGCUCGAUUCUCUUCUCCAACGUGUUGGUCAAUUCGAUAUUCACCGUUAUUUUGGAAGAGCUGACCUCCGGCAUGGUGGCUGUUUACUGCUCCACACUGGCAAUCGUCAUUAUCGGUGAAAUUUCACCCCAAGCUAUUUGCAGUAGACACGGACUUUGCAUCGGUGCCAAGACCAUCUACAUCACGAAGCUGACGAUGCUGCUAACCUUCCCGCUGAGCUACCCUAUCAGCAAGCUACUGGACUUCCUGCUGGGCGAGGAGAUCGGCAACGUGUACAACAGAGAGCGUCUCAAGGAACUCCUCAAGGUGACAACUGGCUACAAUGAUCUGGAAAAGGACGAGGUGGACAUAAUUGCCGGCGCCUUGGAACUUCGCAAGAAGACUGUGGCAGACGUAAUGACAAGAAUCGAGGACGUCUACAUGCUCGACAUCAAUCGCAUCCUUGACUUCGAGACCGUAUCCGAGAUCAUGUCAUCAGGAUUCUCGCGAAUACCGGUGUUCGAGGGAAGUCGCACCAACAUCGUCACGAUGCUGUACAUCAAGGACCUGGCGCUCGUCGAUCCAGACGACAACAUGCCUCUCAGGACUCACUGCCAGUUUUAUCAGAAUCCUUGCAACUUUGUCUUCGAGGACGUAACGUUAGACAUAAUGUUUAAACAAUUCAAAGAAGGUCACAAGGGUCACAUGGCCUUCGUACAACGGGUCAACAGCGAAGGCGAGGGCGAUCCAUUCUACGAGGUCAUUGGUCUUAUCACAUUGGAGGACGUCAUCGAGGAACUCAUCCAGGCUGAAAUCAUCGACGAAACGGAUGUCUUCACGGACAAUAGAAGUAAACGCAAGCGCCAGGCCCGCUCCAAGGUACCUGACUAUACAGUCUUUGCCGAGAAGAAGGAGAACCAACGUAUCCACAUCUCUCCCCAGCUUUCCCUUGCCAUGUUCCAAUAUUUAUCGACAUGCGUCGAAGCCUUUAAAUCCGAGUCAAUAUCGGAACCGAUCCUACGACGUCUGCUGAAGCAGGACAUAAUCUACCAUAUAAAGGUCAAAUCGCGCGAGAAGGCACGUAACGAUCCUACUGCAGUAAUUUAUCAGCAAGGCAAGCCUGUCGACUACUUUGUGCUCAUACUAGAAGGUCGCGUCGAGGUCACCGUUGGUAAGGAAAACCUCAUGUUCGAGAGCGGCCCGUUCACCUACUUUGGCACCCAGGCCUUAACAGCUAACAUUGGCAUAGCUACGGCGGCAGAAUCACCGACAAACGUCAAUCCCCAGACGCUGGGUAGCAUCCAAUCGGUGAACUUGGACGCCAUACUGCGCCACACUUUUGUACCCGAUUACUCGGUACGCGCCGUCACCGAGGUCUUCUACGUCAAGAUCAAACGCUCGCUGUACCUGGCGGCAAAGCGAGCCACUCUUCUCGAACGUAGCCAGAAAGACUCCUCCACCACCAAUAGUCAGGAUCAGUUUGACGAUGAGGUGGAAAAACUACUUCACUCUUUGGACGAAGACGAGCGAAGUGUUCCAGAAUCUCCAAUUCUACCUAAGGAUAAAGAUAUCAACGAUAUUAGAAAUGAUAGUGCACCACAGCCGUCGCCCAUGCGACACUCAUCUCUGCCGGCUGUCACCGUCGUGCCCGUGAGCGCCAGCCCAAAUACCAAUUCCAAGUUCGUUUCGAAAAAUGGGCCUAACGGACAACUAAAGAGCUCACCGGCCAAGAUUCAAGACGCGCCAAGUUCGCCGGACCGACGGCAGAAGUUGGACUUGGACACAGAAAUCCAGGAGCGCCAAGCGGAGGCAGCGCGGCUGCUGUCGACGAGUAAGAAGUCUGCCGAGGACGAGGAGAGAACGAUCCUGUUGAACAAGCAGGACAACUCCUCUUAACACUUGCCGAACGGCCGACUGGCCAGUACGGACAACACCUCGUCGUCGCCGACGAAGAUCAAUAAGCUCCGCAACGAAGGACAAGAGGCGUCCGCGUGACGCCUGACGGACCGUGGAAGCUGUAGCGGGGGCAGCCGAGAGAAUAUGGGCUUGGUACUUAACGAUAUGCGUAGAUCUAAGGUGUAGGUCGAGGAUAACGUUAGUCUACAGAGAACGCUUGUAUUCACUCGCGCGGGCUUCGAAUGGUUUUGAAUCCGCGCGCACCCCUGCUUUCUCAGGUGUCCCGUUUUACCGACGACGUCCGUAAUUUCUUUCAUUUCGAAGUAGUUAUCGGCAUUUAGAAAGCACGUAAUCAAUUUUUUGAUAACUUUUUUUUCGAUUGCUUUUAUGUGUUAAUGCUGUUAUUGUCGUUGUUGUUGUUAUUAUAUAGUAUUCUUUACAUUUUUAGAAUCGAGUGUGUGUAAACGUCGGUAAACUGGGCUGCUCGACAAGGUUUUAAGAUCUUACUGUGAUAUCGUAUUUUUACAAACACUAUUUGUUUCUUUUUAAGAGUUACAAUGUAUAGUUCAUCAAAUCCGCCAUCGACUGAGCGGUACUUGUUGAUCAAUUUUUUUUUUUUUUUACUGUUCGUGUACAAUAACCCUUCAAUCAAUUUUUCUAAAUACUUAAUAAGACCCCUCACUUUAUGAGAUGAAAUACGUUAAUAGAGCAAUAAAAGAAACGCGAGCAUUUACCGUAAUUUUAGAAUCUGCCGCUCAGUCGGUGACUCAAAUAUAAUACGCAGCCUUCGACAAACGAGAAUCACUGCAUAUAAGCCGCGCGCGUGUACGGAAUAAGUAAUCGCCUUCCCCCCACAUCGAAUCAGCGAAGGUACGACGAUGCGAUGUCAAGCCAUUCGAGGCGUCGCGGCCCCGCCAGACACAAUAGUGAUCGCGUACGAAUUCGAGCCAGAUCUCCGAAUUCGCCACGAGAGAAUACAUUUGUGCAUGCGUGUAAAAGUGUAUGUGUGCAGUGUGUAUAUAUUGAGAUUACUUCCACUCAGGGACCGGACAUGUAUAUGCCAAAUUCACACCGCAGCGUUUUUGCGCGUCGAACCAGACUGAUUUACUUGUUUCCUACCCCUCACCCCACCCCUUUGUUUUCGGUCCGUUGUUCCAUUUUUUUUCAAUCGAGCUACUGAAGCCGCAAGUUCUUCGAAGCGUAAAUUUCAUAUCAGUGUGAUUUAGCGCCAUUGAUUUGAAUCAACGAAUUUGGUUCGAAAAUUUUGAGAAACGAGCGGCGGAAUAAACACAUACAGAAUAUAUCGUUUCUCCAGUAUUCUCAUCCAGCCCUUGAUCACAUCUCUCAUCGCGUGCGUAGCGGCGAACACUCGACCCAUGCGCCCGUGGGUACACCUAUACAAAACUUGAAGGAAGACAAUGAAAAUGAAGAAUUAUGUUAUCGGAUCGGUCCUUUUUCUUUUUUUUUUUUAUCAUUGUAUAUGUACUAAGGACCGGUCCGCGUGCGAGUAGUGGAAGUAGCGGUACUUCGUAGGAAAAAAACUAUUUAAUCUUGUAUACUAAACCUAAUCAUUCGAAGCAUUUGCGAGAUAUACAAUGUAGUAGGUGCGAAUGUCGAGGAAGACAAAACACUCCGUGACGCAUACUUAUAAUAUACACUUGUCACACGUGGACGGUAGCGAUUGUAGAACUCAACACAACGAAGCGUGUGAAUUAGUAAAUGUUAACGAACCGUAUGUGUAGUUCACGGGGGGUGACGUUCAGUUUUUUGUAUCAGUGAUCGUCUCUUUUGUACUCUCUGAGUGCGACCUACUUUUCGCUUCUGAUUUUCGCCGAAUUUGCGCUAUUGUCGUUCGAUGUAUGUGUAGAAAGUACUUUCCUAGUCUUUUGUUUGUGAUUGUGUUUCUCGUCGAUGUCGUGCUAUUAUUUCUUCUUUUUUUUAUGUGCUAUUAGUACGAGGCGCCCGAGAGAAGUCGGGCCAUCGCGUUUGCAACAACAGUUCGUUCGAGGACACCUUUGGUCCUCGGACACCAGUGCCUUACAGCAGAGAACAAGAGUAGGGAAUGUUCAACGGCGCCUCGGCGCGUUAUGCAUAUUUUUCUUUUUUUUUUAUUCAACGAAACGUCGCCGAAGGAGUAAUCAUUGUAAACUCGCGGAGAUCGGCACAUCUAAAUACUUGAGUCAGCUAUUUCUGUAACGUAUCGGACUAUCGAUUAUAUUCAAUUGAUGAGCGAUUAGGCUUAAUUCUUCUCGAGUAAUAAAACUAUCUCAAAGUUUGUCUUGAAAAUCAAAUGAAAGAAACUCCACUCCUAGAAGUGUGUAUACAUCUCGACGAGCUAAGUGAACGAACAAAGCGAGCGUACACGCCGAGUAAAUAAAGAACUUUUUCAUGUAUGAAUAGUUAAACCAAUAUGUGACUAUGACUUAUCCUUAUACAUUUGUAUCGCGAUUCUGCUGCAACUUAAAGAAAAAGUACUUAGAAGUGCUGAUCCCUCAAAGGACGUAGAGUCGUAUGUAUGUGUAUAGAAAAAGAUUAAACGCAGACGGUAAUAAUAAUAAUAAUGAUAGUGAACGAGAAGAGACUAUUUUUUACGUGAAUAAUAUGCGUAUAGAGAAGUAACGAGACAAUGUUCCCCUAUAAUACUAACAUAUCUCGGAUCCUAACAUCCGUAGUUCACUUCUGCAAUACAACCCACUUUAUCCUGUUGGUGGAGAGAAUUCAAUCGAUCGUAUUACUCUCUCUCUCUCUCUCUCUCUCUCUCGUAAAAGUGACGAGAUACCUAAGAUCAACUCAAGUUGAAACGCUGUCGGCGUGUCUUUUGUUUCUGCAAUUCACUAGUGUCUUUUCCCAUUGAACAAUACUGUAAUCUGAAUGCCGAGGCUCUAAAAUGAAUUGCUGUUAUUUGCCGUCUUAUCUAUAAUAAAAAACGGCAAGCAGUGCGUUGUUAGAAUGAAAGUGGUAUUUUCAUGCUCGCUACAAGUUAAGUUAUUUUUGUAUUAUUAUUUUUAGAACAGUAACAUGAUGUCUUACAUUACGCCAACAAGCGAUGUCUAAAGGAAUUUAAACCGAAACACUGCUGAUUUUCGUUCGGUCAAUUCAGCCUUUUGCGUACGACCGAACUGCGCUAUGAUCAUGUGUAGACAGUUUUCUUUUCAUUUGUUCCGUUAUAUAGCGAAGAUUUUGAGUGCGAAUUGCGUUGUAUAUUUAAAAUACUUAGCUGUACUGUGUAAUCUGUGUGUAAAACGAUUUCGCAACUUACAGCGAUUGAAAUAUUCAAUUUCUGCGCCGAUUGAGAAGCGAACGAUACCGUACGUGUGUAUUAACCCGUUUAUAGAUAGUCGAAUUCACGAAGGUGCUUCAAACUUUGCAGCGUCGACGCUUCGCUUCUCAGUCGGUAUAUCAUAUACGAGUCCAGGCCUCCGCAUGAAUUUCCCAGUCUGAUAAUUUCGCAUCCCCCUUAGUGCAGAUGAAACUGCCUCCGCCUUUUUUUACGAUAUUCCGCAAAGGUAGAUCGAAUCAAAUGGUUAAAGUUUAACGGCGAUGUGUAUAAUGAUGGUCGCUGUAAGUGUUUGUGCGUCGUCUAAAGAAGUUUGUUGAAUUAUAACGAAUGGGAAAAGAGGAAGCCACGAGCUGGUGAGAAAUAAUACCGUUGUUAAAUUUGUAUCACGUCAAUACGAAGAAACGAGCGUGUGUGUAAGUAAUAACAAGAGCGGACAAUUGUGGAGAGAACGUACAAAGUUCUUCUACGAGAUCAGCGGAGACAUGGAGCGUAUAAUAGCUCGCGGUGCACUUGCGAGAUAAAUACACAACGUAUAUUGUAAUAAUAUUGAAUUAUAAGUUUUGUUGCCGAUGACUUAUUAAUUAUUAUUAUACACAUUAAAAUAUAUAAAUAAUAUAUAAGUUUCUACAUAA